UUUGUGUGUAGGGAGCAGUGGACCGAGGCCGAGGGCUAUAUCAAGUAUCUCGCUCAACAGCUAGCCGCAAACAACGCACUGACGGGAAACCUAAACUGGGCAAUGUUUCAUUUUGUCGCUCACAUGCGAUGCCUGAAGACAGUUGAUUUCCUCGGCGACAUUGACCCAGCGCUCGCGAGCCUGCAGUUUAUCUUGCGUAUUAUGCUCAAGGGAUUGUGUCUCACUCUGGAUGAUGGCAAGCUGCGCAAAGUGCUUGCUGACCGCCAAAUUGUCCCGGGCACGAUAGAUCUGAUAGUUGACAAGCACAUGGCGCUGGAGAACGGCGAAGUGCGCACGCAUGCGUUCAAGCAGACACUAGCGGACCCUAACAAACUAUACCAGCAGCUGCUCCGCUACGUGGUGCUUGCAAUUGCCCGAGUAGAUAUCAGCCGCUCGCAGUCGCAGUACGUGUUUUACCAGGACCUGGUCGGCAUGCUAUUAGAUGUGUUCGCCUCUCAGUUGGCUGCCAGCAGCAUCCCGACCGCAAACAACCUGUUUGUGUGUGAGCUGCUCAGCGUGGUUGGCCCAUCGACAGUGUUUAAUAUUGGCAGCACACAGGCAGAUGAGAUUGUCUGCGCGCUGCUUCUGAACGCCAUCGAGGCACCCACGGCUCCGUCGACACAGGGGCUGGUUCAGAGCGCGUACUCAUACUUGUUUUCGCGCCAAUACACUGCUCACUCCAAGCAGACCGAGCAAUACUCUUUGUUUUUGCUUAUGCUUCUCAUAUCAGCGCCGCCCUCGAAUGAUGGCUCAAGAAACCCCUAUUUGCAGACGCUCGAGUCCCUGGCAAACACGUCCGAAAGCGUGUUGAAGAUUGACAGGUGUGCGGUACCAUUUCAAAAGCUGUUUGCAAAGAUCGUCGCCGAGCUGCACUCCAUCGAGUGGACGGCACUGUUUCAGACACUGGUUGCACGCAACGAGGCAUUCCGAACAUAUGCGCUGGCACGCACGGAUGCAGACACCCUGAUUGUGCCGCUGUUGAAGCGGAUAAGUGCGGCCACCGCGCUUCCAUUUUCGUCAUCGUUUGCACACGGCCAUGGCAGCACAGUCCCAGGAUCUGUUAGCGGCGCUGGCAGUGGCAAAAGGCGUGGUGAUAAACAUGUGGCAGCGCCCAGCUUUGUUACUGUGGUCUCUGAAGUAACACACCACCAGAAGCAGCAGCAGCAAUCACAGCAGUUUUCAGGCGCCUGGACUAUGCCGUCAACGUCGCCGCCACUCGGACCACCGACUACUGCGCCAACCGUGGGCUCGGCCACAACAUUAGGGAUGGUUUUGCCCGCCAGUACUGCUACAAGCAAUACAAUUAGCAGUAACAAUGGCAGUAGUGGCGUACCACUCAAUUCACCCGGAAUUCGGUUACGACAGAGCGCAAUGCUGCCCUAUUCUCUCGUUCCUGAAACCGUCCCCUACGUUCACUUGUACCUAUGGUUGGAUAUUCUUUUGGUUUUGUCCUCCGACGCACAGUUUGUCGAGCAACUCCAGCGCACGAUGAUAGACUUUUGGCCGGCAACGCCGCACCCACUGCACAAGCCGCCGCUGUCACACUGCCUGGUGGUCGAGUCCAUGCGGAUAUUUCAGCUCAACUUAAUGCUCCUCAAGGACAGUCAAGUACAUAAGCUGUCUCUGGGAAUACUUGUCAAUGUGCUCAGCAGGUCAACUGCCAUUCCAUCAGCCAUAGCUCAAAAACUGAUCAAGCUCUUCGAGAUGAUCCACAAAAGAUACUCCAAGCUUGCCGUCUUGCAUCCGGACAACAGCAAUCAUGGCGGAGAGCCGACUGAGAAUCUUGACGAGCAAGGUGUCUAUGCACAGACACUAUCAACCCUGUUGGCGCUAUUCUGCCACCUGUUAAACACCAACAACCCGCAGUUUAUCUACGGCGUGUUGCAGGCGCGCGAGAUACUCAGUGCCUUUGCAGAGCCCACCAAAGCAUCAUAUUUUGCCAAUGCGGAUGGCCUUAUUGGUCGCGCGAUGAGGGUUGCGGCCGAGCUGCGCGUGCGCGUAGCAUAUUUUCACGCUCGCAUUGCUGCGUUGCCCAGCCCCCAGCAGGCAAAGGAUAUUUUGGCGCUGGUCGAAUCAGUGGUUGCCAACGACCACGGGGAUAGCGAAACACAAGUGGAUUUGCUGUCGCGAGUGCCCGAUGACAGCGAGUGGUCGGCGUUUAUGCUGCCUUUGGUUUGGGAGCUUCUGCUCACGUCGACUGUUGCGUCGGUUGCUGAGGGGAAGACACCGCUGCUUGAAGAGUUUGAAAAUCUUGUUAUGUGAACCAAUAGUUUAUUUAAAUUUUAAAUUUUAAAAAAGAUGUGGUUUAAACUAUAUUUUGCUACAAUAAAGG